AUGGUGCUUGUUAAAAAACCCCAGCCGUUCCAAAGGGCUCUGCACUUCAACGAGGAGGAAUUCAAACAGCGCCGGCAGCGCGCCCUCGAGCUCAUGAAACGAGAGAACUUAGAUGGAUUCCUGAUGACAAAACAAGAGUCCCUAUAUUACUUCACCGGAUACGAUACCUUUGGAUAUGUGUUCUUUCAGGCCAUGUAUUUCCACAAUGAUGGCUCGAUGCGGCUCAUUACUCGCAUGCCUGACCUUCGGCAAGCUCUAUACACCUCGAUCCUGAAGGAGGAGGACAUUCUGAUUCGCCCCGACGACGCUGGCAGCAACCCAGUUGCUCUGGUUGCAGAUGUCUUGAAGGAAUUUGGCAUCAAUUCCCCGAUCAAGCGAAUCGGCUACGAACCCAAUUCCGCUACACUAAAUCUCGAGAUUGGUAAACUGCUAGAGGAAACGACAAGCGGCCUGUGUACUCUAGUCAACCACAGCACCCUGUUUGGUCGCGAAUUGAGGAUUAUCAAAUCCGAAACGGAGCUUCGCAAGAUUCGGAAGGCCGCUUACUUGGCUGAUUUUGCCCUUGUGCGAGCAUUAAAACUAGCUAAGCCGGGCGCGUACGAAGGCGAUUUGUGGAGAGAAAUUGUUGGGACCGUGUACGAAGGUGGCGGGGAUGAUCCUGCCAAUGAGAAUAUCCUGGUGUCCGGGAACAAGGCUGUUUUAACCCGGUACUCAACCGGCAAGUGCAAGAUAGAUCGCCAAGUGACUUUGGAACACGCCGGUGUCUACAAACAUUAUCAUGCCUGUUUGAUGCGAACUAUACACAUUGGUGGAGUCACUAAGCUCGCGCGCCGUAUGUUCGAGAUCAACAUUCUACAAAUGGAGGCAGCAAUGAUGGCUCUCAAGCCAGGCAAGCAGAUUGGCGACGUGUUUGAGGCCUAUGCUCGAGUUGCAGACGAGAACGGGUUUAAAGAGCAGCGUUUCAACGCUUGCGGAUAUAGCCUGGGUGCCACCUUUGCUCCUACGUGGAUGGACUAUCCCAUGUUUGUCCGGGGCCAAAACGUUGUCGCGCAGCCAGGAAUGGUCUUUUUCAUCCACAUUAUUCUAAUGGAUAGAGCGACAGAUACUGCUAGCUCCAUUGGACAAACUGUGGAGGUGACCAAGGAUGGAUGUGUUGCUUUGUCGAAACUACCCUUUUAUAUAACUCGAAAGCAGACCAUUGCUGCUUGGAAAAAGCUCAGGAAGGACCAAUACGGAUUUACUAGCGAAGAGGAGGAUGAAGGAGAGAAUCUCCAGGAUGUUGAGCUUUCUGACGGUGAAAUUGAUGCUGAGGAUUAUGAGGUAGAAUACGAUUUUAGUGAGUACUAG